GCAGCCACCGUUUAAUUGAUAGCGCUUAGCCGAAUUUGACGCCGUUUAUAACUUGCUGUCUGAAUUUUCCCUGUCGAAUAAUUUAUUCGUCGUCCAUGAAACACAACUUGGGGCAUUUACCAAACUGACUCAAAUUGUGGAUUUUUUGUGCGUGGAAGCCAUCCUCCUGAAGUGCACGAUAUUUUAAAGACUAGUUUUGUUGCUACUUUUUUUAUCUCUUUUGGUAAAGUUUUCUUCUAUUUAGAAGUUGUAAUCUAAUCAUGGAUACUGGAAAUGAAUGCUACUCCGUCGAAGGAACUUCUGAAAAAGCGUCAGUUCAAGCUGUUAACACUAAGAAUUUGAUAAAACCGGCUGGAGGAAAACGCUCACGGCGCCCUCCACCAGCUUCUGUAUCUAGAAACAAAACGCCAACGAAAAGUUCGACUCGUAAAGAACCGAAACCUGGUGCCAAACACCCGAAAUACCGUUCAAUGAUUAUGACGGCAAUCGAUAGUAAGAUUUCGCGGAAUGGUGUUUCAUUGAGAGCGAUAUUAAAUUAUAUCCAAGCGACUUUUGAAGUGAGUUCAAAUUCGAAGUUCGUCAACACGCAAGUGAAAAAAGCGUUGGCGAAUAUGGUUGAGGAUUGUGUGGCUAUUUUAGUGACUGGCACGAUAGGAACAGGUUACUUUAAAUUGAAGUCUUCACAGAAAUCCAAAUCUAAAAGUGGCGGCAACAGCAAUGUGAAGGCUAAUAAAAAGGCCCACAAGAAACUACUCCUUACCAAAAGUGGGCAGUCUAAUUUAGAUGAUAUGAACUCGACAUUUACUAAAUCCCCAGGAACCAGCAAAUCUACUAAAACGAAAUCAAGAGAACUUGGUAAAGUAAAUACUCCGCAUCAAACGAAAACCAAAAGAGUUAUUUCAUCUAAAAGAAAGUCUCUCUUACCAAAAAACCUGAAACGAUCCAGUCUUUUGCAUAGACGAAAAUCUGUUUCAAAAGAUUCUACAAAGAAAUCUGGUUCAAAGAAGUCCAAAGCUAAGAGUCCUAACAAAGUUCCAGAGAAAUCAGUUAAAAAACCAAAAAAUAUUCAGAAGAAACCACUCGCACAAGUCGAACGAAAAUCGCCGAAGGUGAAAGAAGAAUUAUCAAAAGCCAGUAAAGCUACCAAAUCGAAGUCCGUAGUUCAAAACUCUAAGAGGCAACUUUCGAAAUAGGAUUUUUCUUUCAAUGUAACGCCACCCGCUUAUCUCUCAUAUCAAGAUGUUUUAAACAAUACAAUGAAAUUCCGUUUCAUCCUUACUUACAACAUUACUCUGUAUUAAAAACAACAAAACAUUUGAAUUGAAGCAAGGCUAAAAAAUUUAGCGACAGAUUACAUACCAUUAGAGGAUUUACUUCACCCUGCUUUCAUUUCGUUGUUGGUCUGUAUAAUCGACUAUAUUCCUUCUCUAGGUCGAUGUAUCAGCCCUACUCUAUGAUCACUAUCCCUUUCUUCAACUCGCACAUCCUAGAGAAUUCACUACAUCAAAGGUGGGGGGAGAAUGUCUGCAUUUACUCGCAACUGUAAGGAAUAUCGAAAAGCAUUGUACAUUACAUUAUUAGCAUUUUUUUCUUCUAAAAAUAACAUCCUGAGCUUCUCUUUUCUAGUUUUUAGCCAAUUUAUUUCACUUUUCCCACUGUAAUUAAUUAUGAACAAAGUGCUCGGUCUGAGGAAUCCCUGGUCUAUUUACCAGCUUGGAAUAGUAAUAAACUUAUUAGCGAUUAUGAAACUGCCAACGCUAGAUCGCUUCUAGAUUUGCUCGAUCAGAGCGAACCUAGUGUUAAAAUUUUAAUUCUCACAUCAGUAAUGCGGCCAAAAUCCAGAUGCUUCUUUUGUCCACAAAAUUCCAUCUACGUGCAAUAAAUCAUAACAUUUGGAAAAGAUACUCGGUCAUCGUUUGUAAAUAUAUUUCAUUUUGGACAAUGUUUGGUUAAAUAGAAAUUAAAAUAAACAAUUUAAAAGUACAGAUUUUUUUUUUUUUUUUUUCGUUAGUGAAUACAAUCUUAAAACUGGUUACUAUUACAAUGUCCUGAAUAACCGCUAAACUGGCAGGUAGAAAAACACAAUUGGAAGCUGGACACUGCAGAUAAAGGUAGAUUUAGGAAUAAACUGUGGAGCAUGCAACAUGUGAGCCGCAUGCAACUCGUAGAAUCUUCUGAAGCAUUAGUAGCACUAGUGUGGCUCGCCUGAUAAGCCAUCUCGCAUGCGUCCUACUCCUCGAAACCUGGUGUAACCAGCUGAAGAUAUCGAGCGAAGAUGACUAUUAAAAUAAGCAGCUUGAGGUUUAGCUACAAAUAUCCUACAUGCUAAGCGAGCUCUUCUGCUGUUGUCUCUGCCUACAGUUUUUUUUUUCUGGUCAAUUUGGUAACUCUACAUAAAUUUAUAUUUCGUAACUCGCGCGCGCAUGGUGUUGGAGCAGUUGUUUAUUGAAUUGAAUACAGCAAAUAUUUCCUGCAGACGAACUAUGGGAUAAAAUGUCAGGGAGAAGCUGACUAAUCAACGAAAUUAAUUUCAGCUCGACUAGUUACCAGCUGUCUUACAGACAUAAAACCUCACAUUGUAUGAAACUAACAAUUAUAGUUUCAAACUUUCCCUAAAAGAUAAUAAUUUUAGUGGGUAGCUGGGUUUGUUGGUUGAUAAUAUAUGAUUUUAAUCUUAUCCAUUUUCGAAAUAACUAAAGAUUGAAGUUAUGGUUUCAUAUUUGAGAGGAUUGUCUUUUGACUAGUAACCUGUGCUUAUGCAACCUCCUGCAGUAAGCAAAUCGAUCUCCUGUUUCCGUAACGCACCAAAUCGAGUUCACCAGUACUUAAGUUCAAAUAUAAAAUUUUUAUCCUAUGAUGGUCGUUGGCCGGUAAGGUUGUUUCAGUCAAAUUUCUACAACUGAAUUAGCGAAAACGUAG